AUAGAGAUAAAGUUAUCAAAUCACGGCAGAGAUCUGUCACAAAAUAUAAACGAAUUUUGAAAUAGCACUUUGUUAAGUUCAACUCUUAAAUAUAAGCGCUUCUUCUGUGAUUUGUCAAAAGUACAAUGGAUACGUAUGAAAGUGUAUUACUCGUAAAAUCUGAAGUAUUUGUAUUUAAAAUACCACCAAGGUCAACGAAUAGGGGUUAUCGAGCUGCAGACUGGAAUCUCCAAGAACCCACAUGGACUGGUUGUAUGCGCCUUGUCUCUCAAGGAGAUUCGAUUACAAUCAAAUUAGAAGAUAAAGUUACUAGAGAAUUGUUUGCAAAAUGUCCAAUUGAACAAUAUCCAGGAAUUGCAGUUGAACCAGUCACAGAUUCUUCUCGGUAUUUUGUUCUUAGAAUUCAAGAUGAUAAUGGAAGGUCAGCUUUUAUUGGGGUUGGAUUUUUGGAUAGAUCUGAUAGUUUUGAUUUAAAUGUUGCCCUUCAAGAUCAUUUCAAAUGGCUCAGAAAUCAAGAACAGAUAGAAAAGGAAAAAGAUAAACCAAAACAAGAGUUAGAUCUCAGAUUUAAAGAAGGAGAAACAAUAAAAAUAAACAUGAAAAUUACUAAAAAGGAUGGCAGUGAAGUUUCUGCUAAAACAAAGCAGCGUGCCAAUACAAAUUUGGGUUUACCACCUCCACCAGGUGGUGUAAAAAUUGCACCACCACCUGCAAAAACUCCAACCUCAUCUCCGGCACAUAAACCUAUUCCAAAUCAAAACCAAACAAGUUCUGAAUGGGGAGAAUUUGCUAGUGCAUCACAACCUCAAAGUCAACAACCACCAACUGUAGGAAAUGCCAGUUGGGUUCAAUUUUAACUUAACAAGAUUAAAAUCUAA